CAAACUAUACAGUUUACUACAUACACGCCGCGCCGCUGUCGUAAUUUAUUCAAUAGUAUGGUCGCGUAUAUACGUGUGAUCUAGCAAAGCGCAAGCGGCCUGGCAAACGCUCGAUGAGUAGUGUGCACGCUUUUGGAGAAAAAGAAGAAGCAUUUUUAACACCGUUUUUAUAAACAUAGAAGCAGUUUUAGAUAAAAACAAAGGUACCAAUGGCUGAAGUAGAUCGUCAAGCUGUGAUUCUCGAUUCAAUUGACUCGUUGCGAAGGCGUAAAGCUCGGCCAGAUUUGGAGCGAAUUUGUCACAUGGUGGAACGCAAAUAUGGAUUGACCGGGGUUGAUGUGAUUACAGAGUUAGAUCGACUGGUCGACGAAGAUAUUGUCAUAAAAGUGGAUUACAAAGGCAAUACGAGCUACCGAAAUGCUGCCAAGUGGUGUAAAAGUCGCUUGGGCGGGUACCAACUCAACUCAAAUGACGCUACAAGGUCCAUUCUGGCAGCGAUUGAGAAAUUGACCGUCCCGGAGUCAAUGAAAGAGCCUGGUCAAGUUUUAGAGGAUGAUAAUUGCACCCUGAAUGGCGAGCCGACAAAAAGAAAUAACGCGCUUGGAGGCGCAAGUUUGGAGGACAUUGAGAAGUCGUUUGCCGAUGAGAAUCCAGACACCAAGUUCACUAGGAGGUACUUGGAGGAGGCUCUCAAGAGAGAAGUUGGUGCAAGAAGGCUCUAUAUCAGUCCCACCAACAAAUACGUGCUGGCCAAAUAUGCCGUUUCCUAUGAAGAUAAAGAGUCGUUUCAAUUGAAACGGGGCCCUCGGCCAUCAAAACGAAAGCGCAUCAGGAAGACACAUGGCCCAGACUUCGAGCAGGAGCCCCUGAUAAAAACCUCCAUGUGGGACCAAAGAUGUGACUACUGCACUUUACCUGCUAGCUGCAACAAGUUCGGAGAUAAAGAGGAACUUCUCGUCUGCAAGGACUGCACUAUAAAAGUUCAUCCGUCGUGCAUGAAGUAUUCCCGCCAACUCGCAGAACGAUCACGAUUAUCACCAUGGCAAUGCAUCGAUUGCAAGACGUGUCACGUGUGUAACGAUGCAGGCGACGCGGAUACUCUACUCUUUUGCGACUCGUGUGAUAAGGGCUACCACAUGGCAUGCCACAACCCCAAAGUGGAAGAGAAACCACUCGGAAGGUGGGUUUGUGAGUUAUGUGCAAGUGAAGACAUGGAAAUCGGCAGUAAUUUUACAGAUGAAGAUUCGGUUAUCUCGUCUUCAGGGAGCGCCGGUUCUCAUAUAGAAGAAAAAAAUGAUUCAGUGAAAAAAGAAUCUUCUGAAACAUCGGGUCAGGUUACUCCUGACGUCGCGACUCCCAACCAAUCUAGAGUAGCCAACCUACCCGUACAGUCAGCUCAGGCUAAUACCUCAUCCUCUUCACCGCCUGGGACCAGCCAUCCAAAGCAUCCAGCUCACUGGUCUCUCGAAGAUGUCGUCAAACUCCUUCAGGAGAAAGGGUUUAAGGAGCAAGCAGAAAGUUUUAGGGAUCAGGAAAUCGAUGGCCAUGCGCUUCUUUUGCUGCGACGUUCAGACGUCCUGACUGGCCUGUCAUUCAAGCUUGGCCCCGCCCUCAAGAUUUAUGAAAUCGUUAGCAAGCUCCAGCUAGUACAAGCCAAAGACUCUCCGAUUAAAGCAAAGACCAAAUCAUCGCUGCAAACAACAUCAAAAUCUUCGUCGUCGUCGUCGUCUUUGUCUCAGUCUUCCACAAAGAGCAAGCCGUCCACUUCAUCAACGAAGGCUCCUUCUCCGUCAAGAAAACCAAGCAAGACAAAAGCUUCCGGUCCUGCAGCGAAGCCAUCCCGCCGCCCAAAAAGCCAUCUGAAGCCGGCGAAAUCAACACCAACACCGAAAGCAUCGCCCACCGACCCGGCCCCGCAGUUAGACAUGUCGACUCCAGCACCAGUUGUCACACCUCCAAAGACGGAAGCUAAGUCGCCUAGGAAGUCGAGUACGUCGUCUAGAACGACACCGUAA